UCUGAAAAUGGAAGUAACACGUUUGUGCUCUGGGUCUGAGCGAGAGAAGAAAAAAUGUGGUCGUUCGUUUCCGGCUUUGAGUUGAUGUGUGCAAAGAAGGGAGAAGAGAAACUUCCUUGACUGUAGAGCUAACUAUAGAGAGUAUUCUGUUGCAAGGGCGCUUGUUCAAAUGCCGUGCAUACAGUAGUUUAGGAUAACCGGUUUUAUCACAGGACUAUGAGUCGUGGAUCUAAAACUAAAACAGAGAGCACUCAAAGCUUUCUGCUGAGCCCACAGGAGAAUGACAAGCUGGAGGAGCUGCUGGGCAGAAGGUGUGCUGUAAGUUCUUAGCUGACCCGGGAGGGGAUUACCAACUGAAAGAAUGUCGCUCUGCUUUAUCUGUCUUGACUUGUAUCCUUUUCGUUAAAAGCGUUUACCUCAAAAGAAGGCGGCGUACACUGGAGUACACAUUAUUCUAAUUGAUGCACAGUUUAACAAUGGGUUGAGGACUGUUAUACUUUUAACACAGCAUUGUUGUACCAUCAUUUUCUCAACUCUCUUUUGGCAGAUUAUUUUCUUAAUGCUUUUAGUCGCUUUAUUUUUGGUCCAUUUGAAGGCCUGUCUUAUUUUACUCUAUAUUUUUGAAAUCUAUUGAUAGUUUUUGUGAAUUCAAGCAUUAUUUGCUGACAUUAGGUCAUCAAAAAGUAGGUAGCUGUAACAGGAAAUGGUGGCUGAACCAAUUCUUCCUCUGCUGUCAGAAUUAGUCACUAUGCUCAGCUUUGGCCUUGUUCAGUUCUUGCUUUUGGCCUCUGAGGUAAACAAUAGCGUUUACAGUUGUGACCCCGCCAUAAUAACAAAACACUAGAUGUGCACAAGCUACACAUUUUAAUUGCGUAGAAGGCUGCAUUGAAAAACUAGGAGCAUCACAAACUUUAAGCCUUAUCUGAACAAAUGAAAGCAGAUGAGGAAGUUUAUUCUCACUGCAAAGCUGCAAAUUUACAUAUGAACUGUAAUAAAGAGCUCUCAAGUUUCCUAUCAGCUCUGAGCUCUUUUCAUUGUCUGUCUUGUCUAUGUGUUCAGUCCAUGGCCACCGCAGUCGUACAGCUGUUCAUGGCUCUACCUAACAGUUCAUCCAUGUGGAGCUUGCAGCACACUGGGGUGGCCUGUUUCGUCAAAGACAACCCUCAGCGCUCCUAUUUCAUACGGAUGUUUGAUUUAAAGGUCGGGAGUAUGGUUUGGGAGCAGGAGCUCUACAACCAAAUUGUGUACUCAGCCCCAAAGCAAUUCUUUCAUACCUUUCCUGCUGAUGACUGCCAGGUCGGACUGAACUUCUGUGAUCUGCAGGAAGCAGACUUAUUCCAAACUGCUGUUCAGGAAAAAAUCAACCAAAGAAACACCCGUCAAGAUAAGAAACAGCGCCCCCCGCACACUAGUGACAGAAGUUCCCUGCCUCCACUCCCACCUGAAAAAGGACCUAGUGGCCCUCCUUCUUUUCACAUGGCCACAGUGGACAUUCAAAACCCAGAUAUCCAGUCUUCACGCUAUCGCUCGGUGCCUACACCUGCUGCUGCCUCUGCUGCGACGGGCAAAGGAAAGAAGGACAAGAAGAAGAAGCAGAAAAAAGGCCCCAAGCUCUCCAAAGCAGACAUAGGAGCACCUAGUGGAUUUAAGCAUGUAAGUCAUGUGGGGUGGGACCCUAACAACCUGGACCCUGACCUGAUGCGGCUGCUGUCUCAAGCUGGCAUUAGUGAAGCUGAAAUGAGGGAUGAAAGAACCUCUCAGCUCAUCUAUAAUGUAAUUGAACAGUCAGGAGGGAUGGAGGCAGUCAAAAGGGAGGUGAACAAAUCAGCUACAGGACCUCCACCUCCUCCACCUGGCAGACAGGGGCCCCUCCCUCCGCUACCAGGCUCUAGCCCCUCUGCUCCAACCCCUCCACCCCAGCGAGGCCGUUCUGGCCCCCUGCCUCCCAUUCCAGGUCAUUCACAGCGAGCAGGCCCGCCUCCCCAGCCACCUCCUUCUCGUGGAUCUUUACCACCCCCUCCUCCAUCGAGCCGAAGCGGCCCUCCGCCACCCCCGCCAUCACAUGCUCCACCUCCUCCAUCUUCAAGGUCUCCUCAUGCCCCACCUCCCAUGUCUUCCCACGGCGCUCCUCCUCCUCCACCACCAAGCCAGCGCUCCGCAGGUUUUCCACCUCCUCCUGUCCCGUCUACACCCAGCAGAGGGGUUGGUGGUGGAGGAGGAGGAGGAGGAGGAGGAGGGGGAGGGGGCCCACCUCCUCCUCCUCCACCACCACCACCGCCACCUCCCCAAACUUCAGUUUCUUCAGAUUUCCCUCCUCCUCCUCCCAUAUCUGGCGGUGCACCGCGACCUACUUCCGCUUCUGUUGGUGGAGGAGACAGCAGAGGAGCUUUGCUGGAUCAGAUCCGACUCGGGAAAAAACUGAGAAAUGUAACAGACGACCCUAAUCCAGCUCCACCUGCAUCAGCAGAGUCAGGUGAAGGCAUUGUCGGUGCUCUCAUGAUGGUCAUGCAGAAGAGAAGCAAAGUCAUCCAUUCCUCUGAUGAAAGUGAAGAUGACGGUGGGGAUGACGAUGAUGAUGACGAUGAAUGGGAUGACUGAUCUAGCUGUUCUUGUUUUUUGUGAAUUUUCCACUUGCUUGAGUUCUGAUGUUUGUUUUAACCCCAUGAACUGUUACACUGUUACAUGCGAUGAUCUGUUACAGAUUUGUUAACUGCAAACUGGAGUAUAGCUUGGAUAUGUGAUAAAGUACUGUUUGUAGGGGAUUCGUAAAAAAAAAUGAAAUAAAAUGAAAGAAAUAUUUCAAUAUGAAAGAU